UCCAUUGAUUUCAUUAAUAGUGUAUUGCAAAUAAAGACAAUUAUUCGUAUGACUGAUAAGAUUUAUUUUGCAUGAAUAAAAACUUUAUUGGAUUCGUUUGCCAUUGAGAGAAAUCUUAUGGAGAAGUUUCAAAAACUUGAAAAGAUUGGUGAAGGGACUUAUGGAGUUGUGUACAAAGCUAAAGACAAAUUUACUGGAGAACUUGUAGCUCUAAAAAAGAUAAGAUUGGAGCACGAGGAAGAGGGUGUGCCUUCCACAGCUAUAAGGGAAAUUUCCAUUCUAAAGGAACUACAACAUCCAAACAUAGUGAGGCUUAGAGAUGUUAUCCAUCUUGACUCCAAACUGUACCUGGUCUUUGAAUAUCUCGAACAAGAUUUGAAACAUUUUAUGGAUAGUUUACCCCCUGGAAACCUGGACCCUCUUUUAAUCAAGUCUUACUUGUACCAGUUGCUGAAUGGAUUGGCAUAUUGUCACGCCAACCGAAUCCUUCACCGCGAUCUUAAGCCCCAAAACUUGUUGAUUGAUAAGAGAGGUUUCUUGAAGCUUGCCGACUUUGGCCUUGCAAGAGCUUUUGGAAUUCCUGUGAGACAUUAUACUCAUGAAGUGGUGACCUUAUGGUAUCGAGCACCCGAAAUUCUUCUUGGAGCACAAAGGUACUCCACUGCAGUAGACAUAUGGUCUGCAGGUUGCAUUUUUGCAGAGAUGAUAUUGCGAAUACCUCUUUUUCCUGGAGAUUCAGAGAUUGACGAACUUUACAAAAUUUUUCGUGCACUUGGUACACCUAAUGAACAAAUCUGGAAGGAUGUUUGUUCGCUGCCAGAUUACAAGACUACUUUUCCUUCUUGGUAUGUCCGACUGUUUGACGUAUUUUCUAAAUUGAUUUGGUUCAGGCCUCUUAGGCAUAUACGAGAAACUGUUCCGUUUGCAGAUGAAGCUGGUUUGGACUUGUUGUCGAAAAUGCUUGUUUACGAUCCAAACUAUCGUAUAAGUGCAAGAGCGGCGUUGACACAUCCUUACUUUAGUGAAAUUGCUCAAAAUGUUGCUUCAUAUGCCACAUACUUUUAGUCUUUGUUGUAUCAAUACAUCUUAAGUUUCGUAGAGUUGGUGUGAAUUUUGUCAUAUUAUAGUCAACCUUCUUCUUUCUGUCAUUCUUUUAUUCCGUUCUUAUGGAAAUGACCAUUCAUAGUAACACUUUUAUCGGGUCAUAGUGUUUGAUUUAGCGUUUUGUCAAUAAUAUCCUUGUAUUAAAAUGAAUACAUUUAUAACCUG